ACAACAUAACCUGAAACUUUCUGUUGCCUACGCUUUUAAUAAAUCGAGAAAAAUUCGAAAAAUUGGAAAAAUAUACGAGACACGCAUCGAUGCCGAAAUACUAUUGUGACUAUUGCGAUACUUAUUUGACACAUGACUCGCCAAGCGUGCGGAAGACCCAUUGUCAGGGUCGCAAGCACAAGGAUAACGUCAAGUAUUUCUAUCAAAAAUGGAUGGAGGAGCAGGCCCAGCAUUUGAUAGAUGCAACAACGGCUGCUUUCAAGGCCGGUAAGAUCGCUUCCAAUCCUUUUGCGGCCAACAAAGGUGCAGCAAUACCACCGCCACCGAACCUCGGCUCCAAUCUUGGCUCGAGAUCUGGAGUACCACCUCAGGGACCCCCGGGAAUGAUGCCACCACCGGGUAUGCAUCCAGCUGGUCCGAUGGGACCAGGAGGCCCGAUGAUGAUGGGACCACAUGGUCCGAUGCCACCUCCUAUGAUGGGGAUGAGACCACCUAUGAUGGGACCGAUGGGGCCAAUGGGUCCUAUGAUGGGUCCUAUAGGCCCUAUGGGACACAUGAGACCACCGAUGAAUGGACCACCACCUCCUAUGGUUGGUCCACCACCAAUGAAAAAAUAACAAUUAGACUAAAUAAAGACUUAUUUUUUUGUGUAUCAUGUUGGA